AUGCGCUCUGGGACCAGGCUCAGUUCAUGCACGUGUCGCGCCCAGCGCCGCCUGAUGACGCGCCAAGCGAGUCUCACGCGUGACUCGUACGCGUCGUGCACUUGGAUCCCCGGCCCGUUGCUGCACGCGGUGGCGGCCAGCGGUCUCUUCCCAGAUUCCAAAACGUUCCCCGACCUCUCCCUGCGCCCCGGCCGAGACGCUCCUGGCGUCAUCAGGGCGUUCGAAGAUCUCAUCACCCGGUCCGGGGACUCCGGAGUCACUUCCACGCUCGCACGACACGAGAUUGCGGACUUCGUGAACACGCACUUCUGCGCGCCGGGCUCCGAGAUCGUGGAGGCCGUUCCCGAGGACUGGAGCCCGUCUCUUCCGGCGGAGUUCACCGAGCUGCUGCACAGCAAGUGCGCAUCGCAGGACCUGUCCAGCUUUGCAACUUCUGUGCACGCCCUCUGGCGGCAGCUCACGCGCCGCGUCACGGAGGACGCAUCCGACCACGCGGACGCGCCGGCCUCGACGCUGAUCGCCCUCGACCGGCCAGUCGUCGUCCCCGGAGACAGGUUCUCAGAAUGCUACUACUGGGACUCCUUGUGGGUGGUUGAGGGCCUCAUCGCGAGCGGCCUCACGAAAGCGGCCGAGGGCCUGGUCUCCAAUCUCCUGAGCCUUGUGGCCAGGUACGGCAAGGUCCCGAACGGCGGGCGGGACUACUACUUGAACAGAAGUCAGCCACCUGUUUUGGCCCUCGCUGUCGAACGGUGCGUCGCGGCGCUGCCGGACCGCGACGCCCAGGCCCUGCGUCGCUCCGCGCUGCCUCUGCUUGUCCGCGAGCACGAGUUCUGGACCUCCGGGCCGCACCGCGUCGAGAUAUCCGCCGAAGACCAAAUCGUCAACGCGCCAGGCGUCCCGCGCGAACUCUCCCGCUACUGGGCCGAGUGGGACGUCCCGCGGCCCGAGUCCUACGAGGAGGAUCUCCGCGCGGCCUGCCAGGCCGCCGGGGUCGACCCUGGCCCUCCGCCCCGCGGCGCUGCGCCGGGGCGAGGCUUUGACAUCUCCUGGAGCGAGGCUCGGUGGGUCCUAGGGCGGCAGCGGCGGCUCAUGCGCGACGUCGCGACCGCCGCGGAGUCCGGGUGGGACUUCUCGGGCAGGUGGGCGCCGGGCGGGUGGAGCGGCAUCCCGAGUCUGCGCACGACGGCCGUUGUGCCUGUGGACCUGAAUGUGUUGCUGGUGAAAGGGGCGUGCAGUAUCGCGCGGCUUGCGGCGGCGGAGGGCGACGACGCGACGGCGGGGGCGUUCGGGGAGCGUGCGCGGCGGCGGAUGGAGGCGAUGGAGGCGACGAUGUGGGACGCGGGGGCCGGGAGGUGGGGGGACUUGAUGGCGGUGGAGUCAGGGGGGAGUCGGGGCGACGGGGGUGGUGCGGCGACGCGGUCGGCGCGCGGGCCGUACGCGUCGGACUUCUGGCCGCUGUGGUGCAGUGCGGACGCGGACGUCCUGGGCGCGGGCGACGCGGGGCGGCUGGCAGCGGCGGUGGCAGCGCUGGCGGCGUCAGGCCUGGUACAGCCCGGGGGGGUGUCGGCGUCGCGCGAGAUCACCGGCGAGCAGUGGGACGCGCCGAACGCCUGGCCACCGCUGCAGGCCGUGGCCGUGGACGGGCUCCUCGCCGCAGCCGACGCGCUAGGUCAUGCGGGGGACGCUGCGGCCGCGAGGUCGGCGCGGGCGCUGGCGACCGACGUUGCGUCGAGGUUCCUCGGGGGCGUGUGGGACGCGUGGAGGACGGGCGGGGCCGGGACGCCGCUGCACGAGAAGUACCGGGCGGACGAGCGCGGGCGGGGGGGUGGGGGGGGGGAGUAUCCGAGUCAGAUGGGGUUCGGGUGGACGAACGGGGUGGUGCUCAAGCUCCUGCGAGCCGCGGAGCUGUGGACCUUCGACCCCGCGACUGGCUUCAGCGCGCCCCCGGGCCCUGCAACACCUGAGUGA